GAGAGAGGCCUGGUAGGCACUGCCGCUGAGGCUCGCUCGGCUCGGUGCAGGGGCUCCAGCCCGGCUCGGGGUCCGGGGACCGCUGCCCGCCCAGCCGAGCCCUGCCCGCUCCAGCGCCUGGGCCGACGCGAGCUGAACAUGGUGCUGCUUUGAGAAGCUGCUCUGUCUCUGCUCAGUGCUCCCGGGAGACAGACUGUGUACCCAGAAACUUUUGUGCAAGCCCCUUACUCGAGACACAGUUGAGAGAUGACUGUUAAGAAGUAGAUGCUCAGAUGUGAAAGUGAUGAAAGAGUCUAUUUGUCAUAACAUAAGAUGCAGCUGUGGCUUUUCAACCAUAUUAAUUUUUUUAGGAACACAGUUUUAUGUAUUUUUCUCCGAAGAGAAUUUCACAAGACAAAACAGAAAUGAAAGGAAUCUGGUUUAAAUUGCAAUACAAGAAAUCUAGAUUAGACAUAAAGAGUGUCCAGAAAGUAAAGUACCAGCUAUUAAAGUGAUUUAUUGUCAGCAAAGAAAGCAUGGUGUUUUGAAGUAUGAAUAGACUCCUGGUGCUGCAGCAAAGGCUAAGAUUAUUAAUGGCCAGAUCUCGCACUCACAUGGUCUUCUGAAGAAGCCAUGGGUAGCUGUUGUAGCUGUCCAGAUAAAGACACUGUCCCAGAUAACCAUCGGAACAAGUUUAAGGUCAUUAAUGUGGAUGAUGAUGGGAAUGAGCUAGGUUCUGGAAUAAUGGAACUCACAGACACCGAAUUGAUUUUAUACACUCGCAAACGUGACUCAGUAAAAUGGCACUACCUCUGCCUGCGACGCUAUGGCUAUGAUUCGAAUCUCUUUUCUUUUGAAAGUGGUCGAAGGUGUCAAACUGGACAAGGAAUUUUUGCCUUCAAGUGUGCCCGUGCAGAAGAAUUAUUUAACAUGCUGCAAGAGAUUAUGCAAAAUAAUAGUAUAAAUGUGGUGGAAGAGCCAGUUGUAGAAAGAAAUAAUCACCAGACAGAAUUGGAAGCGCCUAGAACACCUCGAACACCUACAACUCCAGGGUUUGCUGCUCAGAAUUUACCUAAUGGAUAUCCCCGCUACCCCUCCUUUGGAGAUGCUUCCUCCCAUCCGUCAAGCAGGCAUCCUUCCGUGGGAAGUGCUCGUCUGCCCUCCGUUGGCGAGGAAUCCACACAUCCUUUGCUCGUGGCUGAGGAACAAGUGCAUACUUACGUCAACACUACAGGUGUGCAGGAAGAGCGGAAAACACGCGCCAGUGCACAUGUGCCCGUGGAGGCAAGGGUUUCUUGUGCUGAAAGCAACACGCCAAAAGAAGAGCCAAGUGGUAUUGAGGACAGGGACCCACAGAUUCUUCUUGAACCAGAAGGAGUCAAAUUUGUCCUAGGCCCCACUCCUGUUCAAAAGCAAUUAAUGGAGAAAGAGAAACUGGAGCAGCUUGGGAGAGAUCAAGUCAGUGGAAGUGGUGCGAAUAACACGGAGUGGGACACUGGCUAUGACAGUGAUGAGCGGAGAGAUGCACCCUCUGCUAACAAGCUGGUGUAUGAAAAUAUAAACGGGCUAUCCAUCCCUAGUGCCUCGGGGGUCAGGAGAGGACGGCUGACAUCCACCAGUACCUCCGACACCCAGAACAUCAACAACUCAGCUCAGAGGAGAACUGCGUUACUAAACUAUGAAAACUUACCAUCUUUGCCUCCAGUUUGGGAAGCCCGCAAGCUCAGUAGGGAUGAAGAUGACAGUUUAGGACCAAAGACCCCAUCUCUGAACGGCUACCAUAAUAAUCUCGAUCCAAUGCAUAACUAUGUGAAUACAGAGAAUGUAACAGUGCCAGCAAGUGCUCACAAAAUAGAAUACUCAAGGCGGAGGGACUGUACCCCGACCGUCUUUAAUUUUGACAUCAGACGCCCGAGUUUAGAACACAGGCAGCUCAAUUACAUACAGGUUGACUUGGAAGGUGGCAGUGACUCAGACAACCCUCAGACUCCCAAAACACCCACCACUCCCCUCCCGCAGACCCCGACCAGGCGCACAGAGCUGUACGCCGUGAUUGACAUCGAGAGAACUGCUGCUAUGUCCAAUUUGCAGAAGGCACUGCCACGAGAUGACGGUACGUCGAGGAAAACGAGACACAACAGUACUGAUCUGCCCAUGUGAGCCUGGAGAGCACUGCGUUGUGUGCACCUUUGUGAAGUUUUAUUUUUACAAGUGAAGAUGCAAGUGCUUCAUUUUUCAUUUCUAGACACGAAUUCCUUUUAUAUAGACUGAUAAAAAAUUUUUUUUUCUUCUGAAUAUUUCAUGUGCUUCUCUAAAGGGAAUUAAUGUAGAGCAGGUACUCGUUAAAGAACACUGAUUUCAUUACAUAGUACUCAUUGUACAGCAGCACCCCCAUUUUCACAGUGCCUAUUUAAAACGAGAGUUGAAGUGAGUGACAUGCUGGUUGAUUUUUAUCAAUAUUCUGGACUUAUGCAUAUCAUUCAUGUCUGAGUCGUGGCAUUUAGAACAUUUUAAAAAACCUCUUGAUAAUGUGCAUUGCUAAGAGAUAACUCUAGGCUUUGAAAAGAAUAUUUGUUGAUUAACUAUUCAGGGUAUGUGGCCUCCAACAUGUAACAUGAGGAAUUGCUUAUUUCAUUAGUUACCAGCUUUUGGACUUGAGCCAAAACAUAUGUAAAGGAAACAAAAGUACCAUACCUCCUAUAGUCUAGGCAGUUCCAUUGCCUUCAGAGGUUCUAGAAAGUUUUGUGUCCAUGAGUAUGGCUCACUGUUGGUGGGUUGAAAGGCAGAAAAUUUUCUGUUUACUCAUCUCACGAUGUAUGUGAAGAGCAUGCCCAGAUCUCUUAAUCAGAAUCACAGUAGGCUCAAGAAUCAGUCUCAGGUCACUUUACCCAAAAACUUUUGAAAAUCUAAGCCAGGAUCUCCCUAAAGGAUUUCUCUUUUCCUUCAGGUGAUGAUUCAUAAAAUUGUGUUUCGGAGGCCUUUGUGCCGUUAGAUUUCCACUUUCAGUUUCCUUUGGUGUUUGGGAUGUCUUGUUUGUUGCUUACUAUUUUUUUUCAACUUAAAAUGUUUGUGUUUGUAUAUACUUUUGAAAUUGAAUUAUGUGUUCAUUGUUAUUUAGUUUGCAUUUUUGUCAAAUUGUGGUUUUGAAGGUUCAUUUGGAACUUACUGUUAGUCUAUAACAGGGUUGCCCUUGUCCAGUAUUUAUUUAUAUGCUGUUUACUUUACACAUUGAUAAAAGCAUUCUCUCCAUUUUCAAGUUCACUUGUGUCCAGAAAUUAUCUCAAAAAAAAAAAAAAAAAAGCAGCUUCUUUCCAGACAAGUUCCCGAAGGUACUGUUUCUCGGUGGGCACUCUCCCCAGCACUUUAGCACUGAGUCCCUCAGUCACGCGCUGCAGCUGUACUCGCCCACUGCCGUGCACCUCGGCGCUGCUCUCCUUUCGCUCUGGCCGGAUCUCUGACUAUCCCUUGUUUUCACCGUUCAGAUUAUUGCCCGCAUAGCAGGUAUAGUGGAAAUCUUGUAGCAAUGAGAUUGUGUCAUAAUUUAGGAUUUAAAGUUAAUUGAAGUUACAUAAACUGAUGAGAGUCCAUGUAUCUAACUCUUGGAAAAUCAAGAAUGUUCCAGUUUCCCAUACAUUAGAGAAGACGAGAGAAAGUAGAGUAGAAAGAAUGUUAGGUAACCUGGUGAAAUAGUUUAUUGUUUUCUUGAAGUAUAAGGAAGUUUGAGAUUAUGAUCUGUAUCUAGCAGAUGUAACUAAGGGUAUUUUAGCAUGAAAGUAUGUCAUAGAGAAUCCAACCUGUUCAAUAAACAGCCUAGUUCUAGGACAGUAAAUGGAUUAGCAGAACUAUAGAGUGGGACCAUUAUGUAAAGAAAAUAAAUUAUUAAAAGUGUCUAUCAUUUUCAGUGCCAUUGGUUUAUAUGCAUAGCAGAAUCCCCCACCCCCUCUUUUUUUUUGUGAACUUGGUGCUUACUAAAGUGUUCACUGUUGUCUAAAAAGAGCAAUGGCAUAGGUGUGCUGUUUCCAUUUUUAAUAUAUUGUUCCAUUUACGCUUUCUUCAGAGUAGAUUGCUAAUUGUGCCAAAUUUAUGUGAAGACUUUUGUAAUGUGGAAUGAGAAUUAGGAUGGAACCAGUACACAUGGUUUUCUUCAAGAACAUUCAUCUCCAAAUGAAAGGGCUGACCUAUUUAUUCAUUUUGGAGAUUGGAUAUGUACUAUUAUUUCUUUGCCUCAUCCUUUUCCAUUUUCCACUCCAGUUUCUAAUUAGCGUUUAUAUUCCUUUAGGUGACUCCAAUAUACUCAGUACAGUUUAUGCUUUAAAUACUAUGUGCUUUAAAAAUGAAAAUGGGACCAAUUUUGUCUUCUAAGAAUUCAAUAUUAGGUACUGCAAGUAUUAGGAAGAUGUGUACAACUGGUGUUAAUUUUUAGGUGGCUUCUGGAAAUCACCUGUGUUCUGACACAGUGAAAACUAAUAUAGAACACUCCGCAUCCUUUGCAGUAGUCUGGUCACGGGCAUUACGCUCCGUCCUGGAAGAAUGUAUCUGAUAUUGGGUGCAUUUUAGAAUGAGAUAUUUUAUUGGCAUAUAGUUGUGGCCAUACGUCUCAGAUUUUCUCUAAUUUUAGUUAUGCUCUUCUGUUGAUAGACCACAUAUAUGAUCCCACUUUUUGGUUUUAGAAAUAUAAUCAUUGUUUUUCUGCCCUGCCCACCCUCGCCCCCCCACACCUCCCAGUAGAACCCUUUAUCCAUAUAAAUCAUAACAGCUUUUAUCCCAGACCAGGGUUGGAAAUGGAUAUGGGUAGUAUCUGUGUUUUGUGUUUCAUCUUCCUUUGAUAAUAAAAAUAUGGUGCCUUCCCUCCCUCCAGGAAGAUUGGCAAAUAGAUCCUUUUAUUUACUGCUGCUGUGGAGUGAUGAGAUAUGCACUUUACUCUUGAAGACUCAGCAAAAAGCUUUUCACUUCUCAGUAUAUCCAGAAUAGAUCACAUUUAGGACUUGUGAAAAUUUGCCAAGCAAUCUUUGUUUUUAUAGAUAUUAAUGUUCAACCUGCAGUUCAAUGUUAUAAGUGAGCCUAGCCUUUGUUUAUUCUCUCCCUUCCUACCCAUGGGAAAAAAAAAGAAAAAGAAAAUCUGUGGCACAACAUAUAAAAAUGUACCUCAAUAAUGUUCUAUUAAAAAUGGGACAGGGGCCUUAUGUUUUCAUAAUUUCCCAAUAAUGUGCCACCACCAUAUUUUUGCCUCAAGGUAAAGGGUUUUACAAGCUGAAAAGUACUUCCUAUUCUCCCCACCCCACCGUACUAUUCCAAACCCAUAAUGCCCAGAUGUUUUGUGCAAUGUUGAAGUGUGUAUGUGUAAAUAUGCAUACAUAAAUAUAUAAAAAUCUCCUAGAAAUAGACAUACCAUCAGAAUCAUUCAGAAGUAACUGAUGUAUUGGCAUCUCAUUCAUGUUUCUGAUAUAUGAGGUAUAUGGUACUAAUUACCUUUUCCCCAAAUGUUUGCCAAAUUUGAAUAAAGGCAUUGGUACGAAAUUACGGAAUGUAUAGAAAAUGUUUUGGGCUUGAAAAAUUAACAAAUACUUUAUGACAUACCACAGUAUACUCUACCCAAACCAGCACCCUGUCUGUCUUUCCUGUUCUCUACAUCACUGUUCCACAUCUCUACGUCCUCACUUUUGGGGUAUAACACAAUUCUUUUGUAGCAUUUUUACAAUUGCAGUUCUAUGACAAUUGGACAAUAAGCGUGGAAAUGGACUGGUAUUAAUAGUACAGUAGUCACCGGCGUGCCACAAUUGCAUUAGUAAAUGCAAAGUAUACAUUUUAUAAGGACAAAUUUUGUGUUAUGUUUUUAUUUUCAUUACAUUGUAUAAUAUUGUAAGAUUAUUGUAUGUCCUAAUUUGCAUUAUAAAUGUUUUUUUCCUACAUAAAGGCAUAAAUAUAGCAACUUUGUAUAAAGGUAGCUUAUUAGAUUUUUAAUUUUUCUUUUAUAAAAAAUUGUCUAACAGUGGGACUACCAUUGCCAAAUUGUAUGAAAUAUGAAUUUCACCCCCUAUGGUUAAUUUCUUUUAUAAACAUUCCUUAUUUCUCUAAUAAAAGACAUAAGUGAUACUGUACUAUGCAUAAAUUGUAUUUUAAUGCUGUUUCCUAUCAGCAUUUAAAGUUUUGGUUUGCAUUUUUAAUAUUGGCAAAUUUUACCACUGUUGAUUGAAGCCUUGUAUAUGUAACAAGAUCUUUUGCCUUCUAUCCCUCCCCACUCUUUGUUCUCUAUUUCUCCCUGUCAGUGCCAACUUCAUACAUUUUGUAGCAUGGCAAUAAAAUAGAACUUUUACACUGAGGCCGAGUGUGGCUUUUUGGAGAAAGUGAGAGAUGGGAAGAUUGCCCUCUAAUUGUUGUUUGCAUUUUACUAUUUUUUGCCAUAUAAGCCAUGUCUCCAGGCCUGAGAAGUUAUCUCAAAUAUAUGUAAACCUGAUUUUAAGGACAAGUGUGAAUGUGCUUUUAAGCUUUUGUUAUAACAAAUAAGAACCAAUUUUUUUAUCUUUGGAAAAAUUAGAGUUCUUGAGUAUAAUCAAAACCUCUAUUAACUGGAGAACUUAGAAAAUAAGCUAGUAAUUGAAUUUAGUUCAACAAGGGCUGAGCAACACAUUUUUUAAAUCCUUAUUUAUUGUAGAGUAUUAGUAUACUGUCCUAAAAAUUAUAUGUAAGAUAUGGUUUAAUCUUAGAUGAUUUAGGAUCUUUCAAUGCCUUACUGUUGUCAUUCUGGCAUAAAUUUUCACAAUGAGGUACUCAAGUUGAUACUGGAAGAUGAGCUGGCUAAACACCGAACUUAAGCAUUCAUUAAAACUGCUUUGUUGAAUGAAACCUGAUCUAUGGUUACUCUCCCUUAUUGCCGAAAGUAGAUUGCAAGAAAACCCCAAUAAAAUUUGG